AUGUCAACCUCUGAUCAAGGCCUCGCCAUCGCCCAGAUCGCCUUUUACGCGGCCAUCUCCAUUCCUGCUCUCUACUGCCUCAUUUCUCAUGGCCGCCAUGGAUUGAUGGGCUGGAUAUACGUCCUGGCCAUGUGUGGGCUUCGCCUGGCCGGCAAUGCCAUGUCGCUCAACGCCUACCACAACCACGAGAUCAGCCCAUCUGCCUCGAUCAUCAACGGCAUUGGUCUUUCGCCGUUGUUGAUGGCGUCGCUGGGAUUGCUUCAUGAAUCGAACCAUUCUAUCCAACACACGCUAUCGCCCUUGCUGGGUAUGCCAGGAAAGGUUGUCACGCAUCUUGUCGUUGCCGGUGGAAUUGCUCUUGCAGCUGCCAGCCAUGGAAAGGAAUCGCUUCUCCGAGGCGGUCUUAUUAUCUUUGCAUUGGGCUGGACCAUGGUGGCUGGACUGGUCUUUCUGUCCUACCGAGGAGGCCAUAGCCGCAGAGUCCUUGAUGAGAAAAAGCUUCUUCUUGCCAUCACGGUCGCAAUGCCUCUCAUCGGAAUCCGCAUCAUCUACUCAAUCGCGACCGUAUUUUCUAGCUCCGGCAUGAGCGGCGGCAGUCUGGCGGUUCGUGUCAUUCUGGGGGUUUUGCCCGAGUUUCUCGUCAUGAUCGACUAUGUGGCCGUGGGCAUUGUGACGAGGAAUCUGGCUCGUGAUCGUUCGGAACAGAAGACUGUGAAUGGGGCAUAG